UGACGUUAUUACUUUGCGACAACGGUUUACGCGACGAACAGUAAUGGCGAGUGGUAAAAAAAGUGCUCUCCUUUCUUCUUUAGCAGACUAUGGCGAUGAUUCGGAGCCUGACUCUGACCCUGAACCAGAGGAGACAGGGUCUCGUGGAGGAGGCCUUGUGUAUAGUUAUGGUGACGAUGACCUGAACCGAAAUGAAGACGCUGAUGACAAAGGCUCUGAAGAUGAAGACAGUCGAGAGAGCAACUCGGAAAUGGACGACUCAGACGAGGGGAGGGACGCAGAUGAUGUUGAGGUCUCAGAAGCAGAAAAGAAAGACCCUAAUGAGCUCGUUGCUCUGUUCUCAGAGAAGGUGAGGAACAUGUCACCUGAUGAGAUCAGGAUUCCUCCAGAGCCUCCCGGACGCUGCUCCAGCCAACUGCAGGAGAAGAUUAUCAAGCUGUAUGAGAGGAAGCUCCAUGGAGACUUUGACACAAACAGCCACAUCCAGAAAAAGAAGGAAUUUAGAAACCCGAGUAUUUAUGAGAAGCUCAUUCAGUUCUGUGGUAUAGACGAGCUGGGGACCAACUACCCAAAAGAUAUGUUUGAUCCCCAUGGCUGGUCAGAGGACUCCUACUACGAGUCUCUCGCCAAAGCCCAGAAAGCGGAGAUGGACAAGCUGGAAAAGGCCAAGAAGGAGCGGACCAAGAUUGAGUUUGUCACUGGAACUAAGAAGGGCGCAAACCCCACCAGCACAACAGCCUCCACCACCAGCAGCACCACCACCACCACAGCCACAGCUGAUGCCCAGAAGAGGAAAAGCAAGUGGGACUCUGCAAUCCCUGCGACACUGGCCCAGCCGACUAUCAUCACCACCACGGCAACCCUUCCAAACGUCGUCUCCGUGACAACCACAGCUAGCGGCACCAAGACCACGGUCAUCUCUGCAGUGGGCACCAUCCUUAAGAAAGCAAAGCAGUGAAGAUGAACGUGCAGAGGGAAGACCCUGCAGUUUGAAGAGCUGUGUUGUGCUGCAUUUAUACAUGGGAAAAUGUGCAGAGUGGACAAACAAAGUGAUGGACACUGGUGAGCGUAUGAAGAACCAGCCUCUGCUACACACAGACUGAUUAAGACGAAACUGCCUUCCAUCUGUGGGAUUACAUCCGCACUACUGCAUCAUAAAGCCAAACAUUUAGUGAAAAUACCUGGAGGCCAUCUUCUCUUUAAAGCUGAUGCAUGCAGAUCUGUUUUUCAUUAGGUUUUCUAAUUUUUUACGUGUUGGAAACACUUUGAUUUAAAACAGUUAACAUGGAAAAGGAUCAAAAACAGGCUGGUGAAAAUGUCUGAAAAUCUCUUUAUUUUUAUAUCCAUAGUUCUGCUUUGUAGCAUAUUCAUGUCAUUCUUCCUCUAACAGUUGUGUAUAAUCGUUGAACAUAUCCAUGUUUUCAGCAUUGUUUUUUUUGUGGCAAAGUAAACAACUCUGUGGGAAAAUUAAUUUUACAUUUGUAUAUAUGUAUUGAUGGUAAAGUGAAUAAAUGAAUCAGAUGUUGCCUUA